AUGUGGAAAAAAUCUCCCGCAGCCGGAUUGCGCCGCUUAAUCUGUACCGUGGGAAUGACCUGUGCCACGCCGGUAGGGCUCGCCAUGGCGCGGCGAAUUACCCAUAUUCCCUACAACGUGGGCGCCCUCGUUCCCUUUGACGAGACAAAACAUGAAGAGAAUGCUGAACACGAGAAAGGGAAUCGAAUUGAAAUUGAAAAUAUCAACUGGCUCAAUAUAACUCCCGAGCAGGUUUGCGCGUUACUUGACCCCACAAAGUUCGACAGCACCAAGCCGAUGGCUCCCGAUACUCUAGGCGGUCUCCGAGAUGGCGGUCGCAUUAUCAACAUGAGCGCCCUACUUCGGCCGUCUUAUAGUCUCGCAAUGACUAACCUCGCGCAUCACAUAUCGCAGGAGACCUUAGAGGUAGUACGGAAGACCUACGAAAAAGCGAUUCAACCAUGGAUCACGGAGAUGAAACUGCUAGAACUCAAGAAAGUGAGCAAGAGAUCGUCACCAAGGAGAUGA